ACAGGAUCCCUCCCUCCCUCCCUCCCUCCGCGAGAGAAAAGACUAAACCGCAGCGAAAUAACACACAGGUGCUAAAAUGGACCUUACUGUAGACUUACCGUAUUAGAUUACAGUAAUGCACUUUCGUAUUUCUCUUUUGUUGCUAUAGAAAGGGAGCUCUCUUUUUCCCAAUUCCGUUCUUCCACCUAUGCCAUUUCGCAAGCUAGUGAGUAAGAGCGCUAACACGCUAGCCAGCUGAUUAGCUAAUACCUGUCUUACCGUUUACUUUUGGAGCUAGCAACUAGUGACGUUAGUUAAGCUGCUGGUUAGUCUGACCGCUGAUCUGUGAGGUGUUGGCAGAGGUCAUCUCUGCAGUUUUUUUGCAUUUCGGCUUCACGUUCAACAAAGACCUUUAAGGAGAUUGACAAAAAUGGGUGCUUUCCUGGACAAGCCAAAGAUGGAGAAGUUUAAUGAACACGGUGAGGGAAACGGUGUGCGCUAUGGCCUGAGCAGCAUGCAGGGAUGGCGGGUCGAGAUGGAAGAUGCACACACAGCGGUCAUUGGCCUUCCUCAUGGCCUGAACUCGUGGGCGUUUUUUGCUGUAUAUGAUGGGCACGCCGGCUCUCAGGUGGCACGGUACUGCUGCGAACAUCUGCUGGAGCACAUCACCAGCAACCCUGAUUUCAGAGGCGGAGGCCCAGGUGGAGGCAGUGAAGUUUCUCACCCUGAGCCAUCGGUGGAGAGCGUGAAGAAUGGCAUUCGCACAGGUUUCCUGCAGAUCGACGAGCACAUGCGGGCUAUGUCAGAGCGCAAGCAUGGUGCCGACCGCAGUGGCUCCACGGCCGUGGGAAUCAUGAUCUCUCCAAGCCAUUUUUAUUUCAUCAACUGCGGUGACUCACGGGCUCUGCUAAGCCGUGGUGGUCGGGUCCAUUUCUUCACUCAAGACCACAAGCCCAACAACCCUUUAGAAAAGGAAAGGAUUCAGAAUGCGGGCGGCGCCGUUAUGAUUCAGCGGGUCAACGGCUCUCUGGCCGUCUCUCGUGCUCUUGGAGAUUUUGACUACAAGUGUGUGCAUGGGAAAGGCCCCACAGAACAGCUGGUGUCUCCAGAGCCGGAGGUGUACGAGAUCGAAAGGUCAGAUGAGGAUGAGUUUGUGGUAUUAGCCUGUGAUGGAAUCUGGGAUGUCAUGACCAACGAAGAACUAUGUGACUACGUGCGCUCGCGGCUAGAGGUGACGGAGGACCUGGAGACAGUGUGUAACGAAAUAGUGGACACCUGUUUGUACAAGGGUAGCCGUGACAACAUGAGCGUGGUACUGGUAUGUUUUCCAGGUGCACCCAAGAUCAAUCCAGAAGCUGUGAAAAGAGAAGCAGAGCUGGAUAAGUACUUGCAGAACAAAGUAGAAGAACUCAUUCAGAAGCAGGGUGUGGACAGCAUUCCAGACUUAGCCCAUGUGAUGUGUGUGUUAGCGACGGAGAGCAUCCCCAACCUUCCGCCUGGGGGAGAGCUGGCUAGCAAACGCAGCGUUGUGGAGGAAAUGUACAAUAGACUCAACCCAAACCAAAGUGACAGCACAUGUGGAGCCACCAACUGGGGCAAUGUAUGCGGGUCCUCCAGGCUCUAAACAGGAUGCUUUCCCUUCCUCAUAUAAUUUUUACACACGUUUUGAAGAAAAAGAUGCUGAUAUCAUGAUCCAGCAACACCAGGGGCUUCCAGUUUUACGACUGCUGUAAGAAGACCUACUGCUACCUCUAAUUACACACUUUGUAUACUGCCUUAAAUACUGUCUAAGGAAAGACAGAUACAGGUAUAAUAAUGAGGAAAAUGGAAGUCUGUGAACAUGUGUAUAUGUAGCAUGUGCUAAAAGCAAUUCCUAUUUAAGAAUCAAUGACUAUUGAUCAAUGUAUGGGCCUUCUUAUAACCCUCUUUGUGAAUAUAAUGAACAAAUCCCUCACUGAUGUAUGGUGCAGUUGCUCCUACUCUUUGCAUGUUAGACCUGAAAUGAUCCUAUAUAAAGUAAGAUGUUUUGGUGAAUCAGUGGGAAGUUUAUAUUUUGCGACCUUUCAUUUUUCCCUAUUAAGAUAUUGCAACUAAGGACAACUAUAUAUCAGUUUUCGUUCAAAUAUAGAAAAAUCAAUGCAAUGCCAGUAUACAUGAGGUGGCUCGGGAAAACCUGUCAGAUGGCUGUGUGGCUGAACUCAAGUGGAAAGAAUUUAUGCAAAUUUUUAAACAUGGUUCAUGUUUUAUUUUUGAUCAGCUAAAAAAGAAAUUACAAAAAAAAAAAAUCACUGUGGCCUGUGUACAAGUUUGGACUGGUUGUUAUAUUAAAAGAUGUCAAAACAACUCACAUCUCACAACUCACAUCUUCUACUGUCCAUCAUGUCAUUAAGAAAUGGCAGUUAAGGGGAGAUGUGAAAGUCAGGGCAAGAUCUUGAAGACCACGAUAGAAUUGUGUAAUCAUAGUCUGCAUGGAAACCUUUCCAAACAACAUCUAAAUAAGCUGGACUGAUGAAGUAAGAAUGGAGCUCUACGAACGCUACAAUCACCAAAGGAGCAGUAUUUGAUGACGAGAACACCUUGCCAACUGUUGACAUAGGAGCAGAUCUAUUAUGCUUUGGUGUUGUGUGGCAGUCAGUGGCACAUGCGAUUUAAUCAAUCAUCAAGCAGAAACUGUAAAGAGACUGGCUUCUAGAGAAUUGAGGUUGCAGACAUGCCUAAACUUUUCAAAUAUCCCUCACAAUCUCCUGACAUAAACAUCACUGAGGUACAUCUACAUAUUGGGCAAGAUGGCACAGAAAACAAAAGUGUAAGCAGACUGUCAUAUCUGCUUACAGUAGAAAAAUAGAUUAAUAGUACUGGAUUAAUAGGGUGUUUCAACUUUUGCACAUGCCACAAUGACUAUUUUAAUGUUUUCUAUUUUUAAUUUUUUAUCAGAUUUAAAGUAAACGUGCAUUAAUGUUUGGAGAUUUCUUUAAAAAAAAAAAAGAAAGAAAGAAAUUGCUUGCUGCAAUAGUCUUUUCACUUUUUUUUCACAAAGGGUGCCCAAACUUUUGCAUACAAUUAUAUAUGCAGGAAAAAAAAAACAGGACAAUUCUCUCUAUGCCAUCCGAUACGGUGCUAUCAAGUCAAGAAAUAAGCCAUUUUGGGAAACCUUUACUUUAUAUCCUUAUUUAGCAGUCUACUCUUAUAAAUUCUCUACCUCAGCUGACUUACCUCUUUUUAUUAAGUGGUGUUGGUUACUCUGGUUUGAUCGCUCAGAUUUUAAAACGAACAAUAAUUAGCUCUCAGCAGUAAACAUCAGUAUCAAUGAUUUCUCAGUCACUGUAUUUGUGUAAUAUCACUGCAAUUGGUUGUCCUGUGUUUCUGCCACUCACAAACCGUUGUAGAUGUGUAUUGGUCAGUGAUCAUAUUGAGGCUGUUUGCUUACCCUUUGCUUUGAACAUCAAAGGAAGAGACUUUGACCGUCUGUGGCUAAAAAAAAGCUCCACUUCCCUUUGAGUGUGUCAGGUAUGCACACCCCUAAUUAUACGACACUGACAGUGUUUCUCACAGUGCCUAAUAAUGCAAUGCAAAUUGAAUAGAAAACAAAUAUAAGUGAUUGAUUUCUUGUGAACAUGAAUAGACUCCAGUUAUCACUUCAGUAGGCUGUUCAUUUACUUUGCUCUCUUGUAUUUUUUCGGUGCACUUGUUUAACACAGUGGUGGUUAAUCCAUAGAGGCAGGUGGAGGAAAAACCCCAGCAUAUACAGGUAUAUCAACUGUAAAACAGAUCUCCUCAUUCAUAUCUCCAUAGAAUUAAAUUCCAUUGAAAGACUAAUUACUCUUUUGAUUGACCAAACCAUUGUUCCUUUGAUUUGGCUGGCUUUGUAAAUGUUGCACAAUUAAACUCAUUGCCCCUUUUAGUUCCAUAAAUUACUGUUUUGUUGCACCUAGUGGUCAAAAAUGAGAACUGCAACAAGUGCUAAUAAAGGUUCAUUGCUGCAGGUAUCAUCAUGCUGCCUCAUGCUCUCUCUCUCUCUCUCUCUCUCUCUCUCUCUCCAAUGGAAGAGGAGCAACAGUUAAUAACAUGGUUGCCAGGGGGACAAUUUAGUAAUGCUCUGUGCUAUCUAAUUAAGUUCUGCAAGCAAAGGCAAACUGUUAGUUCAGGCAGUGUUUCUAUGAUGCACUGAACCAUUUCUGUUGUGAGAUAUAGUGCAAAGGUUGGGAGAGGAUUAAUCUGCUUGACUGUAUGACUGUAUGCUGUCGACUGCAUAUUACAUGGUUACUCUAAAAAUGUAGAGUACUCUAAAAAACAGUCAUGUGUGACAUCCUCGUGACGUCCUUCUGUUUGAGGCUAUGUAGUUAUUAAUAUCAUCCCACCCCACCAAGCCAAGUCACUGCUUAAUAAAAGUAAAAUGUUCUUUAUUAUUGUAAUGGGCGGGGUAGUUUAUCAUACAUUUUGUGUAUUCUUUAUGUAAUAUUUUUGAACAUGUUCCUCAGUACCACUGUGUAAAGUAUUUUUUAUGAGCAUUAAUGUUCCCACUGAUGAUGCCAGUUUGAACUGUAUAAACUUAAUAGCAAAAGCUAUGUGGACACCUUACCAUCAUACCCAUAUGUGUUUGUUAAAUUUCCCAUUUUCCCACUUUGCUGGAAAUGCUUUCAACUACAUUUUGAACAUGGCUGUGGAGAUUUGCCCAUUUAGGCACAAGAGCAUUAAUGAGGUCAGGCACUGAUGCUAGGUUGAGGUCAGGGCUCUGUGCAGGCCACUUGAGUUCUUCCACUCCAACCUUGGCUAACUAUGUCUUAAUAGAUCUCUCUUUGUAUACAGAGGUAUUGUCAUGCUGGAACACAUUUGGGCCUCUUACUACAUUAAUCUUAAAUCCGAUGCAUGCAAAUAUAUUCUAUACAACUGUGUGUCAACAAUUUGGAUAGAGUUUUGAGAAGGCCCACAUAUGGGGAAUGAUGCUCAGGUGUCCACAUACUUUUGGUUACAUAGUGGUUAUAUCAUUAGACAUAAUAAUCAUUUUACAUUUUGUGAACCCUGUAUGUGGGUGUGUGUGUUUGAGUAAUGAAUGUUAAAUAUGUAAGUUUGGUAUGACCAAGAUCAAGAUAUUUAUUCAAAUAUAUAACACUUUUUCUCCCACUG